AUGGAGAGUCACCAGAGCGACGUCCCUCUCAUCUCGGAGCUGCCGGAGAAGAGGAGGGGAGGACUCGCCAAGCAGGUAUGGGAGGAGUCCAAGAAGCUGUGGGAGAUCGUCGGCCCGGCCGUGUUCAUGCGCCUGGUGCUCUACAGCAUGAACGUGAUCAGCCAGGCCUUCGCGGGCCACCUCGGCAACCGCGAGCUCGCAGCCUUCUCGAUCGCCAACACUGUCAUCUCGGGCCUCAACUUUGGCUUCCAGUAUGGCAUGGCAAGUGCACUUGAGACGUUGUGCGGGCAAGCCUAUGGUGCAAAGCAGCAGCACAUGCUCGGCGUCUACAUGCAGCGUUCGUGGAUCAUCCUCCUAGCCUUCUCCGUGCUUCUUGCUCCGACAUACAUCUUCAGCGGGCAGCUGCUCGUCGCGCUGGGAAUGCCCGCCGAGUUAUCACAUGACGCGGGCUUGGUCAGCUUGUACUUCCUCCCACUGCACUUCACCACCGCCAUCGUGCUGCCGCUCAACAAGUUCCUGCAGUGCCAGCGCAAGAACUGGGUCACGGCGGUGACCACGGCGGUUGGGUUCCCGGUGCACUUCGCCGCGACCUGGCUGCUAGGGCGAUACUUCCAGCUCGGGGUCGUGGGUGCCGCGUUGGCGAUCGACUUCUCCUGGGCUCUCGUCGCGGGCCUGCAGCUCGCGUAUGCCUUUUGUGGUGGAUGCCCGGAGACGUGGAGGGGAUUCUCGGCGUCGGCGUUCGUGGACUUGAAGGACUUCGUCAAGCUGUCCGCGGCAUCUGGUGUCAUGCUGUGCUUGGAGAGUUGGUACUACCGGAUAUUGAUUUUCCUCACAGGCUACAUGAAAAAUGCCGAAUUAGCUGUGGAUGCAUUGUCUAUCUGCAUGAGUUUGGCUGGAUGGGAGCUGAUGAUUCACUUGGGAUUCUUAGCAGGCACAGGGGUGAGGGUAGGCAAUGAGCUCGGUGCGUCCAAUGGCAAAGGUGCAAGAUUUGCGACAAUCGUAUCGACAACGACAUCGUUUAUAAUCAGCCUAUUCAUCAGUUCACUUGCACUGAUUUUCCAUGACAAACUCGCGAUAAUGUUCACCUCGAGUGAGGCUGUGAUCACUGCAGUGGACAGCCUUUCCGUUCUGCUGGCCCUCACCAUCCUCCUCAAUGGAAUCCAACCAGCGCUUUCUGGAGUUGCUGUUGGUUCAGGGUGGCAAGCACUGGUUGCCUAUGUAAACAUUGGGAGUUAUUACUUGAUUGGUGUCCCUUUCGGUGUUAUACUUGCUUGGGGUUUCCACUGUGGGGUCCUUGGAAUUUGGGUUGGAAUGAUCAGUGGCACGAUGGUGCAAACUCUAAUUCUUGCAUAUAUCACCCUACGAUGCGACUGGAAUGAAGAGGCACUGAAAGCUAGUAGCCGGAUGCAGAGAUGGGGCAGCUCCAAGUGAACCUCAUCCUCUAUGAAUAUCAGGGAAACGCCGUAAAAAAUAAUGCAAUUCAUAUCAUUUCAGAGUUCAUUAUAUUAUUGCCUUCAUUUGUAAAUUAGAAAUCCCAGCCCCUAAUAGAUUAUCAUCAACAGCUGUACCAGUUCAUUUGUCAGUCCUUGUACAGCAUGUUAUAUAUGCUUCUUAUACAACUUCUAAA